AUGUGGGUAGUUGAACCAAACUCUCCUACCUGCCUCUCUGCUGCCCUGCCUGCCAAGAGACACUCCCAGGAAUCCAGCAACGUGGAGUCACCACUGAUGCAUGAAGUUUUGGAACCACAGCAGAACAGUAGCAGUGCAGCAGGCAGCCUGGCUGGCUCCAUCACGGCCUGUAAGAAGGUUCUUCGCAGCAACAGCCUGCUGGAGUCCACGGACUACUGGUUGCAGAACCAGAGGACUCCUUGCCAGAUUGGGUUUGUGGACGAGGAAUCUGAAAACUGUGCUUCGGUCUGCUUUGUGAACCUGGAUGUAAACAAGGAUGCCUGCAGCACAGAGCACCUGCAGCAGAAACUGGUCAAUGUUUCACCAGACCUUCCAAAACUCAUCAAUUCCAUGAAUGUCCAGCAACCAAAAGAAAAUGAAAUUGUCCUCCUAAGUGGGUUAGCCUCUGGAAACCUCCAGGCAGAUUUUGAUGUUUCACAGUGCCCUUGGCUGCCAGAUAUCUGUUUGGUCCAAUGCGCAAGAGGGAACAGACCCAACAGUACCAACUGCAUCAUCUUUGAGAUCAACAAGUUUUUAAUUGGUCUGGAGGUGGUGCAGGAGCGUCAGCUCCACCUGGAGACCAAUGUUCUGAAGCUGGAGGAUGAUACCAACUGUUCCCUGUCUUCCAUCGAGGAAGAUUUCCUUACGGCCUCUGAGCACUUGGAGGAGGAAAUUGAGGUGGAGGACUACAGGAGUGGUUUUGAAACUAUAAACGUGUCGGCUAAUGUUUUGGAAGGUAAAAAACCAAAGGAAGCUACCCAGGAAGGAUGGGAUUUCCACAAGGAAAAGCACAUUAGAAAAUAUCGUUCACCCUCGAUGAAAACAGAAGGAUCAAAGGAAAAGGAAGCAGAGAACACGGCUUUGCAGAGUCUCAGUCCUUCAGCCAGGUCAUCCCGCUGGAAAAGCGAAGCGGCAGGGGACAAGCAACUUGCCCCAAACCGCUCGCAUCCCGAAAACAUCAAAGGAGAAACAGAAGCAUCUCAGAUGCUGUAUAUCCCUAGGGACGCUUAUCUCUCCAUGGUUAAGAAAGAUGGGCUUUCUUCGUGUGAUGCAGUCACUGAGCAGGGCAGCGACCCCAGAGACCAUGGUGGUAUGCAAAGCUCUCUUCCUCCUGUCCAAAACGGAGAACCCACCACAGGGGAGUACGCUACAAACUUAGCCGAAUCAGUGCUGCAAGACGCCUUCAUCAGAUUGUCUCAGGCACAACCGACACUCCCUGGAGAACCUUCAGUCAGUUUCUCUGUGGGCAGUGCUCUGCUUCCAAGUGGCUGCUGUACGAAAGAUAUGGUGGUCCCGCGUUCAUGGAAUGAGCUCCCCCAAAUUGUCAUUGUGCAGAGCCCAGACGGCAGUGACGCUGCCCCAGAGCCAAGUGUCUCCUCCUGGCCUGAGAUGGAAGUUUCUGUUGAAACCUCAGGCAUCUUUUCCGGAGAAAGCUCCGGCAGGCCCACUCAGAGCGCCCUAGAAGUUGCCCUAGCUUGUGCAGCCACUGUUAUUGGCACCAUCUCCAGUCCACAGGCCACAGAAAGACUCACCAUGGAGCAGGAAUCCCUGAUCUCCAGCUAUGCCCAGAGAGGCAGUGGGGUACAGCAAACUCAAGUGCCCCAAGUACUCACAGAACCUUCCGUAACUGAAUAUUCCUUCCCAUCAGCUCUGUGUGGCGUGACCCAGGUGGCGAGUGCCGUGGCUGUCUGUGGCCUGGGUGAAAGAGAAGAGGUGGCAUGUUCUCUAGCUCCAAGUGACCUCUUGCCCACAUCCGGGGCUUCUGAAGAAAUAUCCUCAACUGGAAGUUUAAUGAUGGGGAGGAGCACAGCGCUGGGGAAGGAAGCCAUUGCAGAGGCUCUGCUCAGGGAGGCUGCUCUGGUGUUAGCACGGCCUGAUGCAUACAGCAGCAUUGGAGAGCUCUUGGAAUCUGUGAACAGGAGAGUCAUAGAAACCACCUCCAAAACCCAGACCCUGUGCAAAGAAAACAUUCGAAGGGAUGAGCUGGCACAGAGCCUGUCCAAUGUCAUCCUCAAGCAUUCCAUUGAUGAAGUGCACCAGAAAAAUAGAACAGCUCAAUCCACCGAUGAAAGGCAUCCCUAUGGAACUCUGGACACCUUAAUGGAAAGUGUGAACCAGCUGCUUCACAAUGUGAUCUGUUUCACGUUCAAGAAGAUGAGUCAUCUUGUAACACUCGGUGAACAUCCCACUGGCCUUUCCAAAGAGACCAUCCAGUGGACAGAGUCAGAACCCUUAGGUUGCCAACCAUUUGAUCAGGCUGCUGGUCAAGCAUGGGCAAAAGCUUCAGCAUGCUCCGGCAGCCACCCUCUUAGCAACGCGCAUGGCACUGGCCUUGUCAUCGGUGAUCUGGUAGAGGAUGCACCUGCUAAGCAAAACAAGGGUGGAGCAAGGCCGGGACUGUUCAACAACCCCAGGCUGCAAUCUGAAUUCUCAUGCAGUCACAGAAUGCUUGAUUCAACUGCUAAAACAUCCCCCAAGGAAAUCUACCUGAAAGAGAUUAUGGGAGAGGACUCAAAGAACCCUCACCACACACUCAGUUAUGAUGGCAAUGAACAGAGAGCCUCUACAGAAAUAGGAAAGUUGCCCAAAACAGGCAAGUGCUACAGCAGCUCCCAGGAAAUAGAAGACAGCAUUGUUCCAAACACCCAAGAGAAAUAUACCUGUGCCACACCCAUAAAUACUGAAAUUCAAGUUAACCGGUCCCUGUUAGGGGAUGACCUGGUGUUUUCUGCUCAGACUACACCACAGGCAAAGCAGUCUGAGGUAUACUGCAUCACAGACUUUGCUGAAGAACUGGCCGAGACUGUUGUCUCCAUGGCAACUGAAAUCGCAGCAAUCUGCCUUGACAACUCCAAUGGAAAGCAGCCCUGGUUUUGUGCUUGGAAAAGAGGGAACGAGUUUCUGGUGGCGCCUACUGGGUCCUGCCGAUCCUUGAAGAGGAAGAAGGAAAACUCAGGCAGUGGAAGCACUGUGAGGAAACAUAAGCCACCCCGCCUCAGUGAAAUCAAGAGAAAGACAGACGAGCAUCCGGAGCUGAAAGAGAAGCUGAUGAACAGAGUCAUGGAUGAGUCUAUGAACCUUGAAGACACUCCCGAUUCUGUCAGUACUUUUGCAAAUGAAGUGGCAGCCAAGAUCAUGAACCUAACAGAGUUCUCCACGGUGGAUGGAGUGUGGCAAGCCCAGAACUGUUCCCGGAACCGGUUUCUGGGUGGCGAUAGGUGGAACCGGCUGAAGGCCUCCAGCUGUGAAAGCAUUCCAGAGGAGGACUCUGAAGCCAGGGUCUAUGUCAACAGCCUGGGUUUAAUGAGUACCUUAAGCCAACCGGUUAGCAGGGCCAGCUCCGUCUCCAAACAGUCCAGCUGUGAGAGCAUCACCGAUGAGUUUUCCAGGUUUAUGGUGAAACAGAUGGAAAAUGAAGGGAGAGGAUUUGAGUUGCUGCUGGAUUACUACGCUGGUAAAAAUGCCAGCAGUAUUCUGAGCUCCGCCAUGCAGCAGGCUUGCCAGAAAAGCGAACACCUCAAUGUGAGGCCAAGCUGCCCCUCGAAGCAGUCCAGCACAGAGAGCAUCACAGAAGAGUUCUACAGGUACAUGCUGAGGGACAUUGCCAAAGAAGGCAAAGACGGUACCUCCUCCAGACGAAGUAGCCAUGACUGGACCACGGGCUUGCUGUCGCCUUCUGCUCGAUCGCCACUGUGCUACAGACAAUCAUCUAUGCCGGACAGCAGAUCCCCAUGUGCCAGAUUAACAGUAAAUGCACCUGUCAAAGCCAACUCCUUAGACGGCUUUGCCCAAAACUGCCCUCAAGAUUCUCUGAGUGUACAGCCAGUCGGUAGGGCUUCCUCAUCGGGUCUCUGCCAAUCAGACUCAUGCUUGUAUCGCAGAAGUGGGACUGACCAGAUCACAAACAUGCUAAUUCAUGAAACAUGGGCCAGCUCCAUUGAGGCUCUCAUGAGAAAGAACAAAAUCAUUGUGGAUGAUGGCGAGGCAGCUGGCGUUAGUCCUGGCCCUGUUUCUGGUGGCUCUCCUUUGCAAGUAGAGAAGUGUGGAAGCAGAUUAACCACCAGCAGAGGACACAGGGGGCCACCUCUGCUUGUACAGGAGUCUGUUGGUUACCAGAGAAAGGAUGUUGUUACUGAAAGCAAUCAUUCCUCAGUGUCAUCUCCAAGCAAAACAGCUCCUGUUAAAAAACUCAGUGGUUUUGAUCCUAGAAAAGAAACUUCUUCAUGCCACAAUGCCAUUGUUCUCAAAAACCCCAAGCAGCCGUUUUGCUCAAGGGAUGUACCUUUGAUUCAGAUAGAGACAGAUCAGAAAGAAGAGGGCAUCGGAGAAGAUGAAUCUGUCCUUUGCCAAAGUGGCUCCCUAGAGGAAAAAGAAGGGCACCCACCUGAAGAAACCAUCCCAGAUGUGGCCAGAAGUGGAGACACGGCCCUGAGCACCUGCCAAAGCUCCAAGAAAAGCCUUGAGACCAGAGAGGAAUCAGAAGCGCAAGUCUUGAAAGAAGCCAGACCCCCGGAUGAGUCCCCCAACCUUCCGAGUAGCAGCGAGGAAAGUACAGGCAGCUGGUCCCAACUGGCCAACGAAGACGACAACCCAGAUGACACAAGCAGCUUUCUGCAGCUCAGCGAGCGGUCCAUGAGCAAUGGCAACAGUAGUGCCACUAGCAGUCUUGGCAUUAUGGACCUGGACAUUUAUCAGGAAAGCAUAUCAUCUUCUCCCAUGAUUAAUGAAUUAGUAGAAGAAAAGGAGAUUCUUAAAGAACAGUCAGAAAGCAUCAAGGAACAUGCCUCGGGACUGCCAGGGAGAGCAGCCAGCCCCCAGAGGAGCCUGCUGGUGAUCAAUUUUGACCUGGAGCCUGAGUGUCCUGAUGCUGAGCUGCGAGCUACUCUGCAGUGGAUAGCUGCCUCCGAACUCGGGAUCCCCACCAUCUACUUUAAGAAAUCUCAGGAAAGUAGAAUUGAAAAGUUUCUAGAUGUUGUGAAGCUUGUUCAUCAGAAGUCCUGGAAGGUGGGGGAUAUAUUUCAUGCGGUUGUCCAGUAUUGCAAAAUGCAUGCGGAGAAGAAAGAGGGGACUCCAAGUCUCUUUGACUGGCUCCUGGAACUAGGAUAAGUCAGGUGCACCCCACAAAGACUUUCCUUCCUCUAUCAAAGCUUAAGUUACCGUGGUUUGCGCUAAAUGCUCUGAACUUUGUCAAUACACUGCAUCCCAUUAGCAGAACUAUUUAAAAAUCUGCUCCAGUACCAUGGACAAGGAAUAAGUCUGAAAGAGUAGGAAAUAUAGGUCUGUACUAAACAAUAUCACUGCAGGCUUGUCCAAAAGAGCUUGUAUGAGAAUGACUUCAAAGAGAGAUACUUCAGUGGGGCCCAAAUAAGCAAGUUUAUAACAAGCCCCUCCUCCAGGAAAGCUACACUCACAUAUAUGUCACAAUAUAGAGUGGUCUGUAAUGUCUCCAGCUAUGUGAAUCAAUAGAAACAAUGUCAUCGGGUCAUAAUAAUUCUAUAAAUUAUGCUAAAACCUUCAUCGUACUUUGCUUAGAAGGUACAGGGGUGUUCACCCAAAGAAAUAUGUGGGAUAUAGUUGAGAGUUUCCAUGCCUUUAUGUGAUAGAUUUCCAUUCUCAGACCAGUAUCACUGAGUACUAACACACAUGCAACAGUGUUAUUGGAAUCCAUGUGAGGUGAUUUCAUUUAUUUGCAGCAGCUGAUAAGUAUUGCAUCUCCUCCCAAUCAUCCCUGGGCUCCUCAAAAAACUACUGUCAUUCAUUGAAAUAAGGAAAGCUCAAGGUCACCUUGUUUCCAUAACUACAUUUAUU